AAAUGUAGAAAAAUAGCUAGUGGGGGACAGAGUAGGUAAUUAUGUAUAAUUAAAGACUCAAGUGUACCUGACGUUUUCCUCUCUGCUUCAACUAAUCAAACCUUCCCACUUGAAAACCAUGGCAAUCUACACUGAUAAUGACAAUUUCGUCCCUGUCUUGUCCAUUUCUCUUGUUUGUCAAAAAAGCUCUUCCACUCGAUCACCCCAUCUUAUUCAGCCCUUUGAUCGUGUUUGUUGAAGAACUGGUGGAGUUUCCCACAAGUUUUUGUUUUUUAUUUUUAAUAUCCACUCUGUUUGACAAAUGCAUUGGAUUCAAGAACAAUUUCAAAGAUUGCCCAACAAACUCCUUUCAGAAAUUUCUUCCAAGGGCAUGUGUUUUCUUCCCUUCGAUUCCCAUUUCUCUAUACAAUUUUCCUCUUCUUCGUUCUUCUCACCUUCCUCCCAUGGCUUCCAAGCUCCAAAUCCUCUUCAAACCCACUCUGUUUUGCUUCUUUACAUUCAUCUUCUCGACCUCAGCUGUGCCGGAUCAUAAGCUCAACCCCUGUCCGCCUAAAAGCUGUGGAUAUGGUCCAAAUAUAAGUUACCCCUUUUGGAUAGAUGGCGUGCACCAACCUUCCUGCGGAGACCCAGAUUUCAAAAUCAAAUGCAAUGAAUAUCAGUACCCAGUUCUUGAAAUUUCCGAUGAAGAUUUUAUCAUCCAAAACAUUUUCCCCCAAAACCAUUCGUUUCUGUUGGCCAGUGCUGCAGCUUACGACCAACCUUCAUGCCCCUCGCAUAAUAUUAGCCUCCAUGGAAAACCCUUUUAUUUCACUUCGGAUACUGAAGAUUUGUUCUUCUUCUAUGAUUGCCCAUCAAAGCCUGAGGGUUACAUCUUUGAACUGAAUUGUAAUUCCGAUGAAACCCACUUUUCUUUUGCGAUUUUCCACAAGGGUCUUGUGGAGUUGGAGAAAUCUCGCUUGCAGUCUUGCCAGUCUAUGAUUCGUGUUCCUAUCCGCAAGAACUCGAUUGCUAGAGAUGAUUUGGGGAAAUUGGGUUACGUUGACAUUUUGAAAAUGGGUUUUGUUCUGAAUUGGAACUGCAGCGAUUGUAAGCGAAGUGGAAAUGGCAACGCAAGGAGAAACAACAUUAUCAUUGGUACGUGCAUUGGCUUUGGAGCCUUGCUUUUGAGUAUAAUUGUUCUAUGCAUCUGCUACCGACGACGCCAACUCCGUCGUAAACGUUCUCACGCCGUACCGUAUGCGCAACGGAGCAUUCCCUUGAAUCCGUCGAAUCCCCAUUCUGUGGAAGAGCUUGAGAAGGGAGAUUCAUACUUGGGUGUUCAUCUUUUCUCUUAUAAAGAACUUGAAGAAGCCACCAACCAUUUUGACUCCAAUAAAGAGCUUGGAGAUGGAGGCUUCGGCACGGUUUAUUAUGGCUUACUCAAAGAUGGGCGUGCCGUUGCUGUCAAAAGGUUGUUUGAAAGCAAUUUCAGGAGAGUUGAGCAGUUCAUGAAUGAGGUGGAGAUCCUAGCCCGCCUGCGCCAUCGUAACCUCGUUUCGCUUUACGGUUGCACCUCACGGAACAGCCGUGAGCUUCUGCUUGUGUAUGAAUACGUCUCGAAUGGUACGGUGGCCGAUAAUCUCCAUGGAAAGCUAGCAAAGCCUGGAAAGCUUCCAUGGUCUACAAGAAUGAAGAUUGCUAUAGAGACUGCAAGUGCUUUGGUGUAUCUCCAUGCUUCUGAAAUCAUCCACCGUGAUGUCAAAACCAACAACAUUCUCCUUGACAACAAUUUUUGUGUUAAAGUAGCCGAUUUCGGUUUGUCCCGUCUCUUCCCGCUCGAUGUCACGCAUGUCUCAACCGCUCCACAAGGCACUCCUGGCUAUGUCGAUCCGGAGUACCAUCAGUGUUACCAACUCUCUGAUAAAAGCGAUGUCUUUAGCUUCGGUGUGGUACUAGUUGAACUCAUAUCCUCAAUGCCUGCUGUUGACAUCACAAGGCACAGACAAGAGAUCAAUCUAUUCAACAUGGCUAUCAAAAAAAUCCAAAGCCACGCAUUGAAUGAACUCGUCGACCCUUCACUCGGUUUUGAAACGGACUACAAGAUCCAAAACAUGAUCACCGGAGUAGCCGAGUUGGCAUUUCGAUGCCUACAGAGCAUGAAAGAUGAGAGGCCAACAAUGAUGGAAGUUCUUGACACUCUGAACAUCAUACAGAAACAGAACGCCGAGAAAGGGAAUGAUCGCGAUACCGACAUUUCGGCUAAGGACGACGCCGUGCUACUGAAGAAUGGCUAUGGAUCUUCUCCAAGCUCCCUGUCUGUAUCUUGGGUUAGCAGUAACACCUCCACAGCAACGAAUGAAACCGUCAGUGCCUAAGCCUCUCUUCCCUCCCUUGCCAUGAUCAAGUAGCUUGUAAUCAUAUUCCAUUUCCAUGUCCCUCAUCAAUCUAUUACUCCGAUGAACUUCUACAUGUUUUCGAGAUGUAUAUGAUGUUUAAGAGCACGCAUUUUUUUGUGUUUAUUGAAUUGAUUCUUCAUUCUUUA